CUCUGUUUAUCCAUCCCAUCCAUCCAUCCAUCCAUCAUGUCCAAGAGAGCUGCCAAGAAGACCGUUCCUCAAGAAACUGUUACCCUAGGACCACAAGUCCGUGAGGGCGAGCUUGUCUUUGGCGUUGCCCAUAUUUUCGCCUCCUUCAACGAUACUUUUGUCCAUGUCACUGAUCUCUCUGGCCGCGAAACCAUUGUUCGUGUUACAGGUGGAAUGAAGGUUAAGGCUGACAGAGACGAGUCUUCUCCUUAUGCUGCUAUGUUGGCUGCCCAAGAUGUUGCUGCUAAGUGCAAAGAGGUUGGUGUCACUGCUCUUCACGUUAAAAUCCGUGCUACUGGCGGUAAUGGCACCAAGACUCCCGGUCCUGGUGGCCAGAGUGCUCUUCGUGCUCUUGCUCGUGCUGGAAUGCGUAUUGGCCGUAUUGAGGAUGUUACUCCCAUCCCAACUGAUAGCACUCGUCGUAAGGGUGGUCGUCGUGGUCGUAGAUUGUAAAUUUUUAGUGUUGUUACCUUGUUUUGUGAAUAUACAGUAUGUCAUUACUUCAAACAAUGCUCAAAAAAUUUUGUAUGUUGCACUUGGCUUCAUUAUUAUAAACCCAUCUGGAAGCGAUCAAUGCAAAAAAAGAACAAUCAACGAAUGAAAAUAUCCCUACUACAAGCGAAAUUGAACAGAGAAACAAAAAGCCAACUAUUAAAGUAGAAUUAUGUAUCAGCCAUGCUGACCAAGUUAUUCAGCUUUAGAUCCUUCAUCCUCUUCUUGGCCGAUCUUCAGCUUGUUUUCAACAGCGGUGGACAGUUCGUCCUCGACUUUAGGUGUAGCUUCUAAAUUGUCAUUGUCGCCAUAGUAAGGCUGCUGAGUGUUUGGGUAUUGUGCAAAGCUAUAGAGAAG